GCCUGCCGCGGAGAAGUCUUGGGAAGCGGAAUUUUCCGCUUGCUUCUGACAGCCCGGCACAACACAGCCAGCCAGGAACUGGACUGGAAGAAGUGGAAGCGAACAGUCCAACAGCCGCACCCCGCCACCACCACCAAAUCAACCCCUUCGUAAUCAAUCAAUCAAUUAUCGAUCCCCUUCCCUUCCUCCCGUAAUCCAAUCAUUCCCUUCCUCCCUCUCUCCCCCUCUCCUCCGCUCCUAUUCCCCAUUUCCAUUUCUUGGUCGGCGGCGCCUCCUCUACUUCGCUCGCCGUUUAUUGAACAAGAAUCGCCAUGGCGGCGGAAAAAGGAAGCCCACUGCCAAAGUUUGGGGAGUGGGACGUCAAUGACCCUGCCUCAGCUGAGGGAUUUACAGUAAUCUUUAACAAAGCUAGAGAUGAGAAGAAGACCGGGAGCAAUUCGCAGGGACAAGAUGUGCCUGUGAAAGGUGAACAGCAACCAUCUGGGCAAGGCGUCUAUGCAACAAAAGCAUACAAUUCUAAGAAAUGGUUCUGCUGCUUUAAACCAAGCGCUGCAGAUUCCUGAAGGUCACAAGAUAUCAACUGGGUCGUGGAACACUACAGUCCUUGUUACUUUUCUGAAAAGAUUCCACGAUAUCCAUGGAAACAUGUUCUUUUGAUCCUUCCACAGUUUUGUGGAUGGUCUGGGAAAACAAGUAAUGUUAGUAGUCCUGUGUGUACAUUGUUUACUGCUCAUAUCUGGGUAAACAUCAGUGCUGUAUAUUUGAUGCAUAAAAUUGGUCUUGGUUAGUACGACUCAAUCAUGAUGGUUUAAAAAAGGAGGGAAAUUACAGGACAACGAAGGGAAUAGUAGUGCCAAAAAUUCUUUUCGAGUACGCUGUGCAUGUACUUUCUUGGUGUUCGUUGACCUUUGCUGUUUCUCCGAGCAAGCGGGUUACAGAAAUGGUCCUCUGAUAUUGCAUAAGCAUUCUUUGGAUGGUAUCUAUGGAUAAAACAUUCUAGGUGUUUCUGA